UGACCUUCACUAGGUAGAGGUCGUGUUCCACGUUUUCUUGCGGCUUCUUCAGCGCCAGCCGGACUCUGCUAGGACUGCGCCGCCUCUCUCGCCGAUGCCUCGGAUUCCCGGCCUCUGCGCUCCUCGCCAGUCCUCUGGGGUGGGCGGAGUGGGGUGAUCGAAGAGGGGAACCCCUGACUCUGAGCAGACUGAGGAUAGGGGUGGCCGUGGGGUUGUGUGGUGGGGGGUGUGUUCCACAGGAGCAAGAACCUGAGGAACCGAUCGUUCCUGCAAAAUCUACCACUGCCCCCGUCCUGGCGCCCACAUGGCUUCCCGACCUCGGAAGCAUGCUGGUAGGGCGGGACCCUGUCUCCCACUUUGCUCCCCUUUCUCUAGCAGCUGCUGGGGUCAGGCUCGGCCCCUCCUUCCUGCCGGUGGUGUGUGUCCGUGUGUGUCUUAUGAGGGCGGGAAGAGAAGGGGAGAGAUCGAGCCAGCAGACACCAGGAGCCGUGAACACAGGAAGAGACCAAGGGCUGGGAGAUAGGAGAGCUCCCCAGAGCUUGGGGUCAGGACAUUAGGUUUCAAACCCCCUGUAAGUCCUGGGAACAAGGGAGCUUCCAGACUAGCUCAGAGUGUCACUGCCUCCCAGAGAUCCCCCCUCCUUAAGCCAAACCUACACUGCCUACUUCUCAGGAAUGAGGGGCUAAGGUUUAGGGCUCUGAGUCACCGACGCCAGCUCAUCCUCCUCCCCAGAAGCCCCGCGAGCUCUCAGCGCUGCCCCACCCCCCAAGGUUUGGAGAUCGGUGAGACCCCUUCCUUUUCCCCUCCAGUUGGGUGUUCCGCCCCUGGCCUAUGAAACUCCACCUCCCCGCGCUCUACAAGCGGGGAUUGGUGGACCUCCCGUGGCGGUGCCUAGUGAUUGGCCCCCAUGGAUGAUGGUGACCAGCGAGACCCCGCCCCCAGCUGGCGCUGAGGUCUGGGGGCACUGCUCAGCUGUGCUGGGCUGGCGCGGCUUGAGCCGCCGCCGCACUGACAGCUCCGUCUGCGGACCAUGGAGACCGGCGCCGGUCCACACCCGCUGCGCCUGUGCGUCUGCCUGAUGCCGCUCUGUCUCGCACUGCUUUUGGGACCUGGGCGGCCCGGGACCGCCGAAGAAGUCAUCCUCCUGGACUCCAAGGCCUCUCAGGCUGAGCUGGGCUGGACUGCACUACCAAGUAAUGGGUGGGAGGAGAUCAGCGGCGUGGAUGAACACGACCGUCCUAUCCGCACGUACCAAGUGUGCAACGUGCUGGAGCCCAACCAGGACAACUGGCUGCAGACUGGCUGGAUCCGCCGCGGCGGCGGGCAGCGCAUCUUGGUGGAACUGCAGUUCACACUGCGUGACUGCAGCAGCAUCCCUGGCGCCGCGGGCACCUGCAAGGAGACCUUCAACGUCUACUACCUGGAAACUGAGGCCGACCUGGGCCGCGGGCGUCCCCGCCUAGGCGGCAGCCGGCCUCACAAAAUUGACACGAUCGCGGCGGACGAGAGCUUCACGCAAGGCGACCUGGGCGAGCGCAAGAUGAAGCUGAACACAGAGGUGCGGGAGAUCGGCCCGCUCAGCCGGCGGGGUUUUCACCUGGCCUUUCAGGACGUGGGCGCUUGCGUGGCCCUGGUCUCUGUGCGCGUCUACUACAAGCAGUGCCGCGCCACAGUGCGGGGCCUGGCUGCGUUCCCAGCCACCGCAGCCCAGAGCGCUUUCUCCACACUAGUGGAAGUGGCCGGAACGUGCGUGGCGCACUCGGAAGGGGAGCCCGGCAGCCCCCCGCGCAUGCACUGCGGCGCCGACGGCGAGUGGCUGGUUCCCGUGGGCCGCUGCAGCUGCAGUGCGGGGUUCCAGGAGCGUGGCGACAUCUGCGAAGCCUGCCCGCCAGGGUUUUACAAGGUGUCCCCGCGGCGGCCCCUCUGCUCGCCCUGCCCCGAGCACAGCCGGGCCCUGGAAAACGCCUCCACGUUCUGCGUGUGCCAAGACAGCUACGCGCGCUCGCCCACCGACCCGCCCUCGGCUUCCUGCACCCGGCCGCCGUCGGCGCCGCGGGACCUGCAGUACAGCCUGAGCCGCUCCCCGCUGGCGCUGCGGCUGCGCUGGCUGCCGCCCGCCGACUCCGGCGGCCGCUCCGACGUCACGUACUCGCUGCUUUGCCUGCGCUGCGGCCGCGAGGGCCCGGCGGGCGCGUGCGAGCCGUGCGGGCCGCGCGUGGCCUUCGUGCCGCGCCAGGCCGGGCUGCGGGAGCGCGCCGCCACGCUGCUCCACCUGCGCCCCGGCGCGCGCUACACGGUGCGCGUGGCCGCGCUCAACGGCGUCUCGGGGCCGGCGGCCGCCGCGGGAGCCACCUACGCGCAGGUCACCGUCUCCACCGGGCCCGGGGUGCCCUGGGAGGAAGAUGAGAUCCGCAGGGACCGAGUGGAGCCCCAGAGUGUGUCCCUGUCCUGGCGAGAGCCCAUCCCUGCUGGAGCCCCUGGGGCCAAUGCCACGGAGUAUGAGAUCCGAUACUUCGAGAAGGGUCAGAGUGAACAGACUUACUCCAUGGUGAAGACAGGGGCGCCCAUGGUUACUGUCACCAACCUGAAGCCGGCUACCCGCUACGUCUUUCAGAUCCGGGCAGCUUCCCCGGGACCCUCCUGGGAGGCCCAGAGCUUCAACCCCAGCAUUGAAGUGCAGACCCUGGGGGAGGCUGCCUCUGGAUCCAAGGACCAGAGCCCUGCAGUUGUCGUCACCGUAGUGACCAUCUCGGCCCUCCUCGUCCUGGGCUCCGUGAUGAGCGUGCUGGCCAUUUGGAGGAGGCCCUGCAGUUAUGGCAAAGGAGAUGGGGACGCUGGCGAUGAAGAGGAGCUGUACUUCCACUUCAAAGUCCCGACGCGCCGCACGUUCCUGGACCCCCAGAGCUGUGGGGACCCGUUGCAGGCUGUGCUUCUGUUCGCCAAGGAGCUGGAUGCGAAAAGUGUCACUCUGGAGAGGAGCCUCGGAGCAGGGCGUUUUGGGGAGCUGUGCUGCGGCUGCCUGCAGCUCCCUGGCCGCCAGGAGCUCCCCGUGGCCGUGCACAUGCUGAGGGACGGCUCCUCCGACUCGCAGAGGCUCAGCUUCCUGGCUGAGGCCCUCACGCUGGGCCAGUUUGACCAUAGCCACAUUGUGCGGCUGGAGGGUGUCGUCACCAGAGGAAGCACCUUGAUGAUCGUCACCGAGUACCUGAGCCUGGGGGCCCUGGAUGGCUUCCUCAGGCGGCACGAGGGGCAGCUGGUGGCUGGGCAGCUGGUGGGGUUGCUGCCCGGGCUGGCAUCAGCCAUGAAGUAUCUGUCGGAGAUGGGCUACGUCCACCGGGGCCUGGCGGCCCGCCGCGUGCUGGUCAGCAGCGGCCUCACCUGCAAGAUCUCUGGCUUCGGGCGGGGUCCCCGGGACCGGGCAGAGGCUGUGUACACCACCAUGAGUGGCCGGAGCCCAGCGCUGUGGGCUGCCCCUGAGACACUUCAGUUUGGUCACUUCAGCUCCGCCAGUGACGUGUGGAGCUUCGGCAUCCUCAUGUGGGAGGUGAUGGCCUUUGGGGAGCGGCCCUACUGGGACAUGUCUGGCCAAGACGUGAUCAAGGCUGUGGAGGAUGGCUUCCGGCUGCCACCCCCCAGGAACUGUCCCACCCCGCUGCACCGACUAAUGCUUGACUGCUGGCGGAAGGACCCAGGUGAGCGGCCCAGGUUCUCCCAGAUCCACAGCAUCCUGAGCAAGAUGGUGCAGGACCCAGAACCCCCGAAGUGUGCCACGACCACCUGUCCCAGGCCUCCCACCCCCCUGGCGGACCGUGCCUUCUCCACCUUCCCCUCCUUUGGCUCUGUGGGCGCGUGGCUGGAGGCCCUGGACCUGUGCCGCUACAAGGACAGCUUCGCUGCAGCUGGCUACGGGAGCCUGGAGGCCGUGGCUGAGAUGACCGCCCAGGACCUGGUGAACCUGGGCAUCUCUUCGGCCGAACAUCGAGAGGCCCUUCUCAGCGGGAUCAGCGCCCUGCAGGCCCGAGUACUCCAGCUGCAGGGCCAGGGUGUGCAGGUGUGAGCAGGCCCCCACUAUUCUGGUGGGGGUACAGGCCCUCAGCAUUGCCCAAGGACCCUGGCAAGCUGCGCUCCACCUGUGUGGGAGUGAGCGCCCUCUUCCUCCUCUUGGGCCUGGAGCUGGUUUGGGAUGUGGCUUCCCCCCCUCACUGCCUGCUCCUCCUGUUCCCCCCCCCCCGCUCCCCCCACUCCCGUCUGAACACUUCUGCUGACUCAGUGUCCCCGGAAAAGAGGUUUCAAUCCCUGAGGAGGACCCUUAAGAUAACAACGGGAAGAAAUUCAGGGUUUCAGAGACAGAGCUGGGGCAGGGCUGGAGUCAGGAGGCAGUAGAUUUAAAAUGCCCUGGCUCAUGCCUUUCUGUCUUCCACACCCACUGGGGGCUGGGGCCUACCCCAGUGAGUGUCCCUUUUCCCACAGACCCAUUGGCCAGUCAGAUGGUAUGGGUCCUUCGGGGGCUCCUGUUCGACCCAGUAGUGACCACAGCUGCCUGGCAGCCCAGGCCUGGGAGGCUAAGCUGGAGGGGCAGGUCCUUUGCUCCCUGUGCCUUGGCGGGGCCUGUUGGACUCUGGUCAAGGCCCAGGCAGGCACAGGUGGUACUAAGCUCCAGGGCUGGAUGCCAAGGGCCCAAGACUCAGGAGCUGAUUUCUGCUUGUCCUUGCCUUGGCUGACAGUUCAGGGUGAGGGCAAGAUUCCUGGCCAGGACAAGGCCCUGGUGCUCCCUGGGCCCACAAGGUCCCCAAUUGCAUUCCUUUUAUGAACUGAGUGGGUGGGAUAUUUCGGAAGAGCAUGAAGGGACAUCUCCCCAGGUCCCCAAGAGCUUUGCUCUCUAGCCUUGGGGGAUGAUGAAGAGGAGACAGAGCGGAGUCUUCUCUGACAGGCUGCUCUAGCCCCCAGGGCACAGAUGGGGAGUCAGGGCCAGGGCUGUGGGCAGAACAGGACGAGGCUGACUCUGGAGAGCCCUUGGUCUUGUCCUCUGGCACCAGCACUCCUCCCCGUGCAGCCCAGGAAUCCUCUAGGAGUGACUCCCUGGCAAGCUCCGCCCUUUGGGCACUACCCAGCCUCCCUGGAGGUCUCCUCCCUCUGGCUCCUGCCAAGUAUGGCAGAAGUGGUCAUGCUGAGCUGACUCCAGAAUUCCUUACUGACAAGGGCACCUGGAAGCAGUGGUGAUCAGGUAGCCAGGGCCUUUGCACAGCAGCAGGAAGGCAGCUGGGUCUGGAUGAGGCCUCAGGGCCUGUAUUUGUCCAGGCCCACCCUGCUCACGACAUGUGCCUGCUCUGCUUGGUUGUGUGUUUGGGUCGGGUGGGAAGGAGACAGGGCUGGAGGAAAGAGGUGAAUGAGACACACAGCCUGCCCUCAGAGGGCUCAGACUAGAUGGGGAGAUGAGCUCAGGUACCCAGGGGCAAUUCAAGGGGACCUUCCCUCAGCACCCUACAGGAGCCCUGGGUGUCAGUGGGAGGGUGGGCUGCAGGGGCAGAUGGUCAGUGUCUUGAUGUGUGCAUAUCAAGACAGAAAGGCUUCUCAGCCAUGGUGUAAGUUGAAUAGGGACUUGUAUGUGGCAGGGGCAGUGCUUUGCUUGGGACAUGUGGAGUUUGCAGCAGCUGAGAUGAUGGUAGGCCUAGGACAAGAGGAGAGGGAAAGAGCCCAGAGGUUGGAAGCUACAGGGCAUCUUGCAGAGCACCUGGUGGUGGGGGACGGUGACUCAUGGCAGUGCCUUUGGCCUCACCUGCCAGCAGUAGCUCCUCUCCCUAGAAUCUCUCCCAGACCCUGCUCCCCCUCUCUUGAGUACCUGUCCCAGCUCAGUGACUUUGGAGGUGCUGGGGGAGAUUGAGAUAUUACUACCAUCUUUGACAGGGUUUUGGAGGGUUCCCCUGCCAGGUGCCCUCCAGGCUCUGUCUUCCACACAUCCAGGGACAUGGGGACCAGUGUCUCUUCUUGAGUAGACAGAGCCUCAUCCUCACCUCCAGCUACAUCGGUUGUUCUCUUAAGGGCAAAGUCCCCUCCUCCUGCCCCAGCUGUUCUGCAGAGGGGUGCUGUGUUGGCAGGACUUCGGUGUCCAGGGUAGAUCUCCCCUCCACUGAGGAAUGAGGUCCACAACCCUGAUGGGUCCCAGGCCUCAGCCCUGCACAGGCACCAGUGUGAUGCAGGGCAAUGGCUCUCUGGGGGCCCUUUACAGAUCUAUUUUUAUAUGGAACUUGGUCACUAGACAGACGGAGGUGGCCUGCAACCCCCCAUCAUCCUGGUCCAUCCAGGGAGGGAGGGGCCAGUUGGGGGGUUUCCUUUGACUAAUUCUGGAGAUGUUUUUAUAUUUCAUGGGUUCUAUAUGCAGCAGGACAAAGUAAUAAACACUUGUCUGUGAUAUGGUG